AUGGCAAUAAUUUCUUCAGGAGUUGAUGUUGAAGAGCCACCAGAAGGGUAUUAUGCUUUUGUCGCAUCACCAAAUGCAGAGCCACCAAAAGUCAGGCCACCUCCAUAUAGUCAAAUGGAAGUUGAUUGUAUUGACAUUGAGAUGAAAUCACCGUAUGCUACAUCGCACAAUUUAUGCGGAGAUCUGAAUAAAGGAACAAUUCCAAGAAAUCCAAUGGGGCAAAAUGUUUUAGGAUCAAGAUAUCCAUUUGAAUUAAUACGAAAUCAUACUUUGCGGUUUUUGAGUCGCACAUUACCCAUUUUAAAAUCGGAUGAUACUUUACCAAAAGUUGCUCAACUUCAAGCUGUAAAUCCUCUUGAACAUAACAAUAUAAACUCUUAUAAUGGUGAAAGAGGCGACAGAGUAAAAAGAGAUUUAUCUGAUGUAGAAAUAGAAGAUGAAAAACCUAAAUCAGAUGAACCAUCACGUAAUGCAAGAAAAUUUUGCGAUCAAGGCGGUGUACUUUGCAUGUUAUAUCGAGUAAUUAAUGGCGAAUCAUACAACAGUGCCCCAACUACUACAGUGCAUUUAGCAGCGGAACGUCGUGAUGAGCCAGCACCAGCACCUACGGUUCCACGUUAUGAAGGACCACCAACUCCUUGUCCAGCUAAAGUUGAAUACGCAACACCAGUAUUUGCAAAGAACUAUCAAGGUGUAUGGCGAUACGUAGUCCAAAUUCCAUACGAAGGAUAUUUCACACAAACUGUUGAAGUCACAAGAUGCCUACAAUCACGUUGUCAUUAUCUUGACGGUGGUUGUUUAUCAUCGCCGAGAUGGUCGAGUAUGUUAGUAGCUGAAAUUUAUUAUCCAGACACAGUUUUAAGUGCAGCCGAAACAAAUGGUCAACCACAACGAAAUCCAGUAACUGCAACGACACCUCCACCAGUACAAGACUUCCAAGCUUACCAACAGUAUUUACAUAAACGUGCUGGUCUACAGGCUGGUGUUCAGUCAUCGUCGACAUCACGACCCACUCACUGUGAUGGUGUCGAUAGUCUUGGUUGUUUCCAAGUGCGUCUUUACUACGAUUGGUUCUUAAUACCAGGUUCAUGCAAAUGUUGGCGACCUGAUUACUUUAAUAGAUACGUUCGAAGAAGAAAUGGUGAUUUAUAAAUCGACUUUGUACAUACAAAAUGAUAAAAGUAAUGAAAGUAUUUGAUA